AUGUAUUCUUUAGCUAUUAUUUUUUUACCUUUAUUAGGAGCUAUUUUUGGAGGUCUUUUUGGAAAAUGGAUUGGUAAUAAAGGGUCUGCCGUUAUUACAACUCUUAGUGUUUUUUUAACUUUUAUAUUAUCUUUAGUCAUGUUUAAUAAUUCAAUGACUUUUGCAUUAAAUACACAUUUAAUUGUAACUACUUGGAUUUCAAGUGGACUUUUUUAUUGUAAUUGGGCUUUUUUUUUUGAUACUUUAACUUAUGUUAUGUUAACUGUAGUAACAGGUGUUUCUGUAUUAGUACAUUUAUAUUCAAGUGAAUAUAUGGGUCAUGAUCCACAUUUAUCAAGAUUUAUGUCAUAUUUAUCUUUAUUCACUUUUUUUAUGGUUAUAUUAGUAACUGGUGAUAAUUUUAUUCAAAUGUUUGUAGGUUGGGAAGGUGUAGGUUUAUGUUCUUAUUUAUUAAUUAAUUUUUGGUUUACACGUUUACAAGCAAAUAAAGCCGCAAUUAAAGCUAUGAUUGUUAACAGAAUUAGUGAUCUAGUAUUAGUUUUAGGUAUUUUAAUUUUAUUUACUAAUUUAAAAACUGUAGAAUAUUUUAGUGCUUUUGCAACUAUUUCGAUUUUAGAAAAUUAUACUUUUUUAUUUUUAAAUUAUAAUUGGUCUAUUAUUGAUAUCAUGUGUAUUUUAAUUUUUAUAGGUGCUAUGGGUAAAUCAGCUCAAAUAUUUUUACAUAUUUGGUUACCUGAUGCUAUGGAAGGACCUACUCCAGUAUCUGCAUUAAUACAUGCAGCUACAAUGGUUACAGCUGGUGUUUAUUUAGUAGCUAGAUGUUCACCUAUAUUUGAAUAUUCAGUUUUAACUUUAAAAAUUAUUACUAUAAUUGGAGCUUUAACUGCAUUUUUUGCUAGUACUGUUGGUUUAGUUCAAAAUGAUAUGAAAAAAAUAAUUGCUUAUUCAACUUGUAGUCAGCUAGGUUAUAUGUUUUUUGCUUGUGGUUUAUCUAACUAUUCUUUAGGGGUAUUUCACUUAUCAAAUCACGCUUGUUUUAAAGCUUUAUUAUUUUUAGGAGCAGGUUCAGUUAUUCAUGCUAUGGGUGAUGAACAAGAUAUCAGGAAAAUGGGUGGAUUAAGAAGAAUAUUACCUUACACCUAUGUAAUGUUUUUAAUAGGUUCAUUAGCUUUAAUGGGAUUUCCUUUUUUAACUGGUUUUUAUUCAAAAGAUGUUAUAUUAGAAAUUGCUUUUGCAAGUUUUAAUGAAGUUGGACAUUUUGCUUAUUGGUUAGGUACAAUUGGUGCUAGUUUUACUGCUUUUUAUUCAACACGUUUAUUAUAUUUUACUUUUUUAAGUGAAACUAAUGCUCAUAAAAAUGUAAUUCUUCAUGCUCAUGAUGCACCAUUACGUAUGGCUUUACCUUUAGGUAUUUUAGCUUUAGGUAGUAUUUUUAUAGGUUAUUUAACAAAAGAUAUGUUUAUAGGUCUAGGUUCACAUUUUUGGAAUAAUGCUAUAUAUAUACACCCUCAAAAUAUUCAAAUGAUUGAUGCAGAAUUUUUACCUACAAUUUUUAAACUUUUACCUGUUAUUUUUAGUAUGUUAGGUUUAUCAUUAGCUUUUGUUUUAUACCAUUUUAAUUUUAAAUUUUUUUAUGAAUUAAAAAUAUCUAAAUUUGGAUUAUUUUUUUAUAAUUUUUUAAAUAAAAAAUGGUUUUUUGAUAAAAUUUAUUAUGAAUUUAUAAAUCAAAAUAUAUUACAAGUAAGUUAUAGUACUACUUAUAAAUUAAUCGAUAAAGGUAUUAUAGAAUUUUUCGGUCCAUACGGUUUAUUACAUUUAUUUUCAAAUUGGAGUAAAAAAAUUACUUAUUUACAAACAGGAUAUAUUUACCAUUAUUCAUUAUUAAUCUUUUUAAGUUUAAUUUUAUUUAUAGGUUUAUUAUUACUUUCAGUAUAUAUUAAUAUUUUAAAUUUCAUUUUUUUAAUAUUUAUUUCUUUUUUUUCUUAA